CUAUUGUAAUCUCAACUAUCUUAAUACUUGGAAUGGCUUGUUUCCAGAGAAAUAUUCCCACAGAGAGGGAGAAUGAGCAGACGAUAGCAAUUCUGAAGAAAGGGGCUUAUCUAUUAAAACACGGACGCCGUGGGAAGCCUAAAUUCUACCCUUUUCGGCUUUCAAGCGAUGAAAUAUAUCUGUUAUGGUAUUGUGGCAAAAAGGAGAAACGUCUUAACCUGAGUUCUGUGACAAGGAUCAUACCUGGACAGCGAACUGCAGUUUUCCGACGAUAUCCUCAACCCACCAAGGAAUAUCAAUCCUUCUCUCUUCUAUAUGGCGACCGGUCUCUGGAUUUGGUAUGUAAGGACAAGGAUGAAGCUGAGUUCUGGCUCACUACCCUUCGAGCUCUUCUCUCACGAAACAACUCUUCUGCAUUGGUACUUCACUCAAGAAGCCGUAGUCUUGCUCCUGACAAUGGAGAACAGAGUAGUACGAGCAAGAACUUUACGUCCAACAUUAGAUCCGUCAGCAGUGACACAAGCUACGAGGAACAUGUAAAAAAGGCCUCAGGAUCUCACAGCAACACUCCACAGAGACUGGGGAAAGUUUUCUCAGAGGUUUUGUCACAAACUGCAGUACUAAAGGCACUCUCUUUGGACGAACUGAUCCAUAAACCUCAUACUUCGCCUCCAGAGGCUAUAGAGAAUCGAUCUACUAAUCACUCCCCUGCCGUUGAUACAUGUAAAUAUAGCAUUUCCAGCGCAGUGAGCUCAUCUAGUCAAGGAUCUUCUUUUGAAGACUUGAAGUCUCUUUGUGAUGUCUUCGUUUGGGGAGAAAGUAUUGGAGAUGGGUUAUUAGGAGGUGGUAUGCACAAAAGUAGCAGCAGCUCUUCUCUAACGACCGAGUCUUUUUUGCCCAAAGUCCUGAAAUCACAUGUGGCACUUGAUGCCCAGAGUAUUUCUUGCGGCACCAAUUAUGCAGUGUUAGUCACAAAGCAGGGACAGAUGUACAGCUGGGGAGACGAAUCUGGUGGAAGGUUAGGACAUGGAGUUUGUUCCUACGUUCCACAUCCAAAACUUAUCGAUGAAUUUGACGGAGCACCUGUGGAGUCAGCUGACUGUGGAGAAUUUCAUACUUGUGCUGUAACAGCCUCAGGGGAUUUGUAUGCUUGGGGCGAUGGAGCACAUAAUGCCGGUCUCCUUGGACUUGGUAGUGAAGCUAGCCAUUGGAAACCAGUACGAAUCCUUGGUCAGAUGGAGGGUAUAAAUGUUAAAACUAUAUCUUGCGGACCUUGGCAUACAGCUUUUGUGACAUCAGAAGGUAAGCUGUUUACAUUUGGUGAUGGUACUUUUGGUGCGCUUGGGCAUGGUGAUCGUAUAAGCACAAACAUACCUAGAGAAGUCGAUGCGCUAAGUGGCUGCAGAACGAUAAAGACAGCUUGUGGUGUUUGGCAUUCAGCUGCUGUUGUCAGUGUUUUCGGUGAGGCCACAUCAUCAGGAAAGCUCUUUACUUGGGGUGAUGGAGACGAUGGGAGACUCGGACAUGGUGAUAUAGAGUCUAGACUAAUCCCAUCUUGUGUAACUGAACUGGAUACAACUAGCUUUCAGCAGGUAGCUUGUGGUCAGAGCAUUACCAUUGCUCUCUCUGUGUCUGGACAAGUUUACGCAAUGGGAAUUGCUGAUCCGAGUCAAGAUAAUGCUGUGAGAGCUCCUUCUUGCAUUGAAGGGGGUCUAGGAAAGAGUUUUGUCCAAGAAGUGGCUUGCGGGUUUCACCAUAUCGCGGUUUUGAACGCAAAAGCUGAGGUCUACACUUGGGGCAAAGGAUCAAACGGACAGCUCGGGCACGGAGACACCGAACAUAGAAGCACGCCGACUCUUGUGAAAGCUUUGAAAGGUAAACAAGUGAGGAAAGUGGUGUGCGGUUCUAAUUACACAGCAACCAUUUGUCUUCACAAACCAAUUACGGGUACUGACAGUUCUAGGUGCUCCGGUUGUCGCCAUCCUUUUAACUACAUGAGGAAGCUCCACAACUGUUAUAACUGUGGGAGUGUCUUCUGUAAUUCAUGCACUAGUAAGAAAUCCUUAGCAGCAGCCAUGGCUCCCAAAACGAACAGGCCUUACCGUGUUUGUGAUGACUGCUAUAUCAAACUCGAAGGAGUUAGAGAAUCUUUAAUAACCCCGGCGAAUAGUGCCAGAUUUUCAAAUGCAAGUCUACAAUCAAGCUGUAACGAGAUGGACGACAUUGGCAUAACACCGCAGCGUCAGCUUCUUAGGGUGGAUUCAUUUGAUUUCUUCAGACAAACUAAGAUCCCGGACCUGAAAACCAUUGGUGAAACUUCAGGAGCAAGCUGCUCAUCGUCGAGUCACUCAAAUCUGGAUACUAAAGGUAGUUUUAACAUGAAAGGCAUACGGCAACUCUCCAGGCUUACCUCUUUUGAUUCAGUUAGCCAAGAAGGCAAACAACGCACCAAGCAUUGCGCUUCAAAAUCAGACACAUCCUCUCUUAUAAGACACUCAGUGACUUCUGGUAUCCCGUUUUCACGUAGAGGUUCUGUUGAGUUGUUUCCUUUGUCGAUAAAAUCCAGCCCGGUUGAAUCUGUUGCUACAACUUCCGACUUCACCGCCGACAUUACAGAUCAUGACUUACUACAAGAAGGGCCAAAGAAAUCCAAUCAGUGCCUGAGCCAUGAAAUAUCAGUACUCAAAGCACAGGUGGAAGAGCUUACCCUAAAAUCAAAAGAACUAGAAGAUGAACUGGGAAUGACUUCAAAGAAACUCGAAGUUGCGGUGUUAAUGGCGCAGGAUGAUGCAGAGAAGAUCAAAUCUUCAGAAGAGAUAGUUAGGUCCCUAACUCUGCAGUUGAUGAACGCAACCAAGAACGAAGUAGACAACACAAAGAGACGCCGAAGCUCAUUUUGAUUUAAAACUAUAGAGAACAACC